AGUCCUGUGGGGAGCAGGCCAUAUGGGCGUUUCACAAAUCUGGCCAAAGUCAUUUAUUCAUGAGCUCUGUGCCAGCUGGGCCAUGGGCCAGGACAUUAGGUACUUAGUCUCAUUUAUCAUCCCAAUGAUUCUGUGAAAUCAGUAUUACCCCUUGUUUUACAGAAAAAGAAUCUGGGGUUCAGAGAGGUUGAGCUGCUUGCUCAAGGCCACACAGCUUUCAAAGAGAACCUGGAGGUCUCUACCCACGGAGCACAUGUUCCAUAAACCCCUGUACCCUCUAGCCUCCCAUCACCCUGGCGUUUCUACCUGUGUAGGCAAGUGGAAUCAAGAACCCGCAGAUUUAGCGCUAGAAGGUCAUUUCUGAUAACCUCAGAGAUAAUCUCAUUAAGCCCCAAGGUUCCCAAGCUAAGGGCAAGGAAGUCCCCUGUUCGUUAUGACUCAGGCUCUAACUUGGGUCUCCCCUUCCCCAGUUCUUCUUGGCCAGCUCCUGAAAUCCUUACCUGCCCCCCAGACUCCCUGUGGAUUUUCACUAGAGGGUAAAAUCAGCAAUGUGGGCUGGAGGAGUGGGUGACCUUAGGGAGGGUUUUCAUUUCUUUUCCCAAGGAAGGGAGCCACCAUGAAUUCUGAAGUUGCCAGUCAGCCCCUGCUUUCCCCCAAUGGGUGGGUAGCCUUGUGGCCCCCCUGUACCUCUGGGCCCCAGGACGUUGUGUUCAGUCCCAGGGCUUGUCCUGGGCUGCACUGGAAGGCUUGAAGCAAGGCAGACCUACCUUCCAUUCUGGUUCCCAUGCUGAGCCCUUAGGUGGGGCUCAGGAGGGGAUGUGGAGGGAGGCCAGAGGGGACGGCUGAGUGGCGGGCAGGGGGAGUGUGGGUGAGGAUGGCCGUCACUGCGCCAGAGCAUCAGGACCCAAGAGCUAGAGAGAAUGAGUGGCCAGAGGUUCGUUGGGCCCCUGUGGGCCGGAAUGCAGGCUUGUGCCCCUGCACCAGGAUGUGGGCGUGUUUCUGGUAAAAGUACUGAAGCCUGGGGGCCAAAGGAUCUUGUUGUUGUUUGUUUUCAUUUUGGUUGACUGGGAACUAAUCGCUUCCCCAUCUUUGGGCCUCAGUUUCCUUACCGGUAAAUGCUAUCACACUCCUGUCCUGCCCAUUCCCCAAGGCUAUUUGUAAAGCAUCUAGUUCAAGGACAGGAGAGCCGUUUGGAAAAGCUGGUGAAAGGCUCUGUGUGGAACCAGAGCUUCAUUAUCAAGGUAGAACAUUGGCUUAAGGACUUGCGGUUAGUGGGCAGCAAGCUCCCUCCCAAUUUUAUCCUGCACAGGUACUCGUUAUCUCUGCAGGCCCCGGGUGGUGUAGGCUCCCAGCUUUGCUGUUAAGAGGCGGAGCUUUGUAUGCUUCAAUCUUCACCGGAACUCCCCAGCUUUGUGACAGCAGGCAGCAGGUAGGAUGGCCGGUACUGAGAGAAGCUGGCGGUGACUGAGGCGCCCGCAGUGGCAGCUCUGUCUCCUGAAGAUGAGGUGGCCCAGGUGAAGCCCAGGCUAGGUCCCAUGGCCAGCUCCAGGACGGAGGUGCGCUGGCCCGAGCUGGGCCUGGGGAGGGGGCCCCAGCGGCGGCGCUGGGCCUGGGCUGAAGAGGAAAAGGAUGCCAAGGGGAGCGGGGGAAAAGAGGGGGCCUUUCCCAAUGCCACCAGCCCCGAGCUCCUGGAAGACUUCCGGCUGGCCCAGCAGUGCCUUCAGCCGCUGGAGUGGGACCCGCGGGCUGCUGAGAGCCAGGAUUCCGAAUCGGGAGAGUCUGCGGGAGAGGAGUUUGAAGCAGAGAAUGUGGACAGCCCAGAAAGUUCCAACUUGCCUCUCAACUGGCUCCCCGAGCAGGAUCCUCACCUGGCCAUGACUGAAAAGGAGCUGGAGGAAACCCUUGGAGGUCCUGAGGUGCAGGAAGCUGGAGACAGUUCCCCAAGAUUGGAGUAUGAGACUGGUCUCAGCUCAGGGGGCAAUGGAAACACCAACCCCAGGGCUCUGGGAUGGGGUCAGGACAUGGGCUGGGUGGCCUCUGGCAAACAAGCCAGUGGAGACAAACAUCCAGAACAUUCUGAGGACAACCCAACUGUUGACCUCAGCUCUGCAAGGUCCUGGAGCAGUGGGACCGUGAGCCUCGACCACCCCAAUGACAGCCUUGAUUCUACCUGGGAAGGAGAAACUGAUGUCCCCCAGCCCGCGGGCCUGGCAGAAACCUUACCACAAAACUCCAGCCACCACCUCCUAAGCCCAAACACCAGCACUGGAGGAAGUGUUGCUCUGGCAACCCCCACAGAAUUCCAAGACUCCUCGGUACCCCAGGCCCAGAGCCUCCAGGGUCCAGCAGAUAAGUGGAUAGAAAGUACCAGCCUCUCCUACCCUCAGUUGGGGGACGAAGCCUGGAAACGGACACGGACAUCCCCUAAGACACUCCCUUCUCGAUUCACUGGCUCUGUCAGCCCCCUGAAUCCACCUAGGUCAGGCCGGCAAGACAGGCUGCCGCCCAGGCAGGGAGCCACUCUGGCUGGCCAUUCAUCUUCUGAUGCCUCCAAGUAUGGGCGCGGGCAGCUGAACUACCCACUCCCUGAUUUCUCCAAGGUGGGACCCCGGGUAAGGUUCCCCAAAGAUGAGAGCUACCACCCCCCCAAGGCCAGGAACCACAGCAGGCAGCCCCAGGGCCCUGCCAGGCCGCUGAUCUUCAAGUCUCCUGCUGAGAUCGUGCAGGAGGUUCUGCUGAGCAGCGGAGAAACCUGCCCGGCCAAGGACCCACCUGCUACACACCCCAUCACCAGGGUACCCCAAGAAUUUCAGACACCUGAGCAAGCCACCAAGCUGGUCCAUCAGCUCCAGGAGGACUACCACAAGCUCCUCACCAAGUACGCUGAGGCUGAGAACACCAUUGACCAGCUGCGCCUUGGGGCCAAGGUAAACCUGUACUCGGACCCGCCCCAGCCCAGCCACAGCAUCCACACAGGGACGGUGCCCCAGGGGACCAAGGUCUUGUCCUUCACCAUCCCACAACCUCACUCUGUGCUGCGGUGGUCGGGCCCUGCCGAAGCCCCACAGACCCCUGGGGCCUCAGGGUGGCCGUCUGCUCAAGGAGACCUGAGCCCGUCCUCGUCUGCCCCAGCGUGGCUUCUGGAGAACCCAGGCAUCACCCAGGACCAGCCCUCAGCAGAGCAGACCCAGGAGUUGGCCUCUCAGGCCCGCCGGUUCAUGGCCAAGGUGGAGUCCUUUGCAGGACUGAUACAGGCGGGACGGCUGACGGCCCAGGACCAACUCAAGGUGUUCCAGCACCUAAAGGCUGCCCACGCAGCCCUGGAAGAGGAGUACCUGAAGGCCUGCAGGGAGCAGCCGCUGGCCCAGCAGCUUGCCGGAUCCCAGGGGAUGCCUGGAAAAUUCGAUCCUGGCAGGGAGCUUGAGGAGGAGAUAUUCCAGCUGGGAAUUCGCCUGGAAGAGCUGAAGGACCACAUGGACCAGAACCAGCAGGAGCCUGGGCGAGUCGGGUCAGACUCCCCUCCGGACAGCCUCCCAGCCUCGCCCUCCCUGUGCCAACCAGCAGGCCUGCCUUCUCCUUCAGGACAAGCCCCCACUGCCACCGUCCAGACCCUCUGCCCUCAGCCUGCCGCCGCCAGCAGCAUGGGCCCCUAUGCUUCAACCGUGAACGUGGAGCUUAGCCCUGCGAGCAGUGAGGGGAACAGGCCCUUGGGCCUUUCGGCCUCACUCAGGCAUGAGGAGCUGGAGGUGGAGCAGGGUCUCCAUGGCCGCCUGGAGCGAUAUCUCAGCACGACGUCCCUCCCAGAAGCCGUGAGGAUAGAGGACGAGGACGAGGAGGAGGAGGAGGAUGGGCAAGGCCAUAGAGUGGAAGUUGAUGGGCCAGCUCCAGCUCUAGGAAACUCCAAGGCCACCAGGAUCCCCAUACGGCGGCUCCCAGCCCUGGACAAACGACGUCACGGGGCCCCUGUCACGGAGACAGCGGAACAGAUAGGGUCCGCGAAGCUGGCAGGCAUCCAUGCAUCCGCGGCCAGAAAUGGGCACCUACAGGGCUCAGACAAAGCCAUGGCAGCUUCUCCAGGCCCGAGCAGGCCGCCUCACCCUCAGGGCACCAAGACCAUGGGAUCGCACCGGAGCAGUCUGACCAGCUUAGAGGGAAGCGGCAUCUCUGAGCACCUUCCACAGAAGUCUCUGCGCCAAGCUGGGGGGUCCCCUCCAGAGGAAUCCUGGAUGGUGUCCCCAGAGACAGACAGUGGCUUUGUGGGCUCAGAAACCAGCAGAGUGUCGCCCCUCACCCAAACACCAGAGCACCGACUCUCCCACAUCAGCACCGCGGGAACGUUGGCCCAGCCUUUUGCUUCAUCUGAACCUCGGGAUGCAGCCUCCCACCCCCAGACCAGGGCUCCUCCAGUCCCCAGAAGAGCCAUGGAACCCAGCACACCCAGGAGCCAAGCCCAAAGGCGACCCUUGGGCCGGACCAGUCCUCUGCGGCAGCGGGCACCGAGCCUCCGCGCAGAGCGGGCGCUAGUGGCCGAGAUGGCGGUGCCUGGCUCAGAGUUCAAGGGACGAAAGCAGGUUUCCGAACAGCUCCCCCGCAACGCGACAGUCAGCCCCCCGCCCACCCUGACCCCUGAGGCUGCCACUCUGCCUCCUGGACCCUCAGAGAGCGCCCGCACCUUCCUCCUCACCAGGACAGGGCGAGACCAGGCCAUCCGAGAGCUGCAGGAAGAGGUCUCCCGGCUCCGUCUGCACCUGGAAGACAGCCUGCACCAGCCAGCCCAGGGCAGCCCGACGCGCCCCAUGUCCACCCUCAGCCGCCCCACCCAGGUCCGGGCCCGGCCUGCAGAUGCCUCUGUUUCCUGGGGCUCCCACUAUGGCAGUAGAUCCACAGAGAGAUUGUCUGCUGAGCCCGCAGGGGGGGAGCGAGCGGAGCACGCAGGAAGGCGGCGAGCCAGGUCUUCCUCGGUGCCUCGGGAGGUGCCGCCGCUGUCCCUGAGUUCCGAAUCUGAGCCAGCCUCCCCCCAGCGGUUCUCUGAGAAGAGCCAGGCCACCGAGGACAGUGCCCAAUCCACUCGGGACAGAAUGAAAGGAGCUGGUGGCACCAGGCGGCCAGACAGGGUCUCCUUCUGGGGCCAGUACACAGGCAAGGAGUACCAUGUUCUGACCCCCAAGACGGCCCCAAGACGCAGUGGCUCAGUCUCCUGUCCCCAGUGCCGACCCGCCAGGACCCGGGAAUCAGCUGGCAGUGUCACCAGGGACCCACCAGGACCGUCCCCGACUGAUCCCCUGCAGUGCCCCCUGUGUGGUCGAGUCAGGCUGCCCCCAGCGACGGAUGGCCCAGACUCAGCCGCCUCAGGGCCAGACAAGGCUGCCAGCAGGAGAAACAAACGCCCAGCCUCCAGCCCCACGCAGCGGAGCAAGCGCGCUGGGUCGCCGGCCCGGCCACCCCCGGGACUGUGGUAUCUGGCAGCUGCGCCCCCAGCACCCGCCCCUGCUGCCUUGGCCUAUGUCUCCUCGGUUCCCAUCAUGCCUUUUCCAUCAGCCACUGUGUACUAUGUGCCUCCAGGACCUACCUCUGCCUCCUCAGCCCACUCAGCCCCUGCUGACUGGCCCCCCUCAGCCCCCUCCCGAGCGGCCAGGGGGCAGCGACGCUCCAUCCAGCUGGACCUGGAGGACCUGGAGGAGCUCAACACGGCGCUCGCAGAAGCCAUGCAGGCCGCUGAGGGCAUCCGCUCCACCACCAAGCACAUGAGCCGCUCCCUGUCCGCCGACCUGCGCCAGACCCGAAGCCUGCGGGGCUCCUGCCUCUUCUGACUUUCCCAGAGACCCAGAACCGGCUGGCGGGCGGGCUGCUGCUGCCCCCCGGGCAGGGGGUCGGCUGGAGUCACUGCUGAAGGCCCCACAGGCCCCUCCUGAGAGGUGUCCUUCUAGCUCAGGCCUUGCCUGCUGGGUGUCUCCACUGCGCAAGGAGUGUUGGCCCGGUCGUCCGGAGAGGGAACUUCCUGGGGGCCCAGCCCCUAUAGGAAGUGCUGGGACCUCGGCUGCUUCUGCCCAGAUGCGAUCUUUGGGGUCUCCUGGUCCUGCACCGUCCGCCUCUGGCUAAUAAUACGUAUUUCAUAUACAGACGGACAGAUUUGUUUUGAAGCGGAGUUUUCCUGGUCUUUGGUCCAACCUACAAGGCCAGAUAAGAAGGGCUCGGGCCUCGGUCUCUGGUGCAAAUGAGUCUCCUCGUCCAGGACCCGCCGCUCUGGAGUCGGCAUCUCGGGGAAGGGAUGUCCGGACACUUUCCCCCUAGUGACUGGUGGCCAGUAGAGCACUUUGGGACCAUUGAAAUGUCAAGAUGUCAGGCCCCUAGGAGGACGUGCACCCAGCUUCUCCAUGGUCAGAGAGUCCUUUCCCGUGGGCCUGCUGGGAAGAGAGAUCCUCACUCCCCGGGGGACCCGGAAGCCAUCCACCAUGGUCCCUCUCUGUAGCUCAUCCCGACACCCCCAGCUCUGUCUCUGGGAUCCCUGUGGAACCUGGCUAGCUAGUGGGCAGCUCCCUGCCGGGCCGCACUGUACAGCCGGGAGGCCAGCCCCUGUCGUGCUCCCCACCUCGUAGCAGCGUGUACCUCAGCUUUUCUGGAACGUGUAUGCAUCGGUGAUAUUUGUAUAUUUGAUGCGUUUAAAAAUCUAUUUUCGUUAUGAGGGCAAA